AUGGAUGCUGGCAGUGAUUUCGAGGUCUGCUUUCAAAUCCGGGCUCGCCUCAGCAGCGGGAAAGACUGGGGCUCCGGGAUAGGGUGGGGACGGCCUCUGGGGAGCCUCACCCCGGCCCGGGAGAGUGUCGACAGCACGGGGAGGCAGGCGGGAGUUCGAGAGCGUGAAGUAACUUGGCACCGAGGGAGGCGCACAAGCCUCAGCCUUUCAGACAACCUUUUCCUCCCACUGACUCGGGCUCCUGCAGCGUCUGCGGGGCUCGGCGUGGCUGCCCGUGAGUGCCGAGGCCGGGACCCCGUGUCCCCAGCCCAGCUCCAGUCUCGCGUCCACUCCACUGCGAUUUCUCUCCGAGGCGCCGGCGCUGGCUCAGUCCCCCGGCAGCGCUUUGUCUCGUCCUACCCUCCGCGAUCUGCUCCGGGUCUCUCGGCAGCUUGGCCCGGCGCGCCCCGAACGCAGCCCCCGGAAGUGCGCACCGGCGGCCCCGGGGAAGAUCCUGAGACACCAACUAGGACCAACCAAGUUUCAGACGCCCUACUGCUUGAUACCAGUAUCAUCAAGGAUGAAGUCUUUCCAGAUGUUUCUCUGCUCCUGACAGCACAUCUUUCACCAGAAGAGAAGAGAGGGAGGGUGGCCACCUUGAUCCAGCAGAAACAUCCCCUGGAGGCCUCCUCUGGAAGUGACACUGAGGCUGUCCUUCAGCCACAGCGCGUGGAGAUGGCUUUACUCAGCAACAUCCUAGCAGCCUAUUCCUUUGUCUCAGAGAAUCCUGAGCGAGCAGCCCUAUAUUUUGUUUCUGGCGUGUGCGUCGGACUGGUCCUCACCCUGGUUGCCUUGGUGAUGAGAAUCUCUUGCCACACGGACUGCCGGCGGCGCCCCCCCAGGAGGAAGUUCCUGCAGGACGAAGAGAGCAGCAGCGAAAGCAGCGACAGUGAGGAUGGCAGCUUGGACACCGCGUCUGACCUCUCCGUCCGCAGACACCGCCGCUUCGAGAGGACUUUGAACAAGAACGUCUUCACCUCCGCAGAGGAGCUGGAGCGGGCCCAGCGACUGGAGGAGCGGGAACGCAUCAUCCGGGAGAUCUGGAUGAAUGGCCAGCCUGAGGUGCCCGGGACCAGGAGCCUGAACCGCUACUACUAGAGAGCGGGGCAGCGGUGCAGCAUCCCCACCAGCCUUUCAAGCCCGAGCUGCUGGGAGCUGCCUAGAAGAAACAGGGUCUACACGAGGGUGGGUGGGCACAGGGCACUGAACCCAGUUCUGCUGAUAGACACAAGCAGAUGGGAGAGGAAUGAAUGCCUGGAUUUUUGUUACGGCGGCAGAGAAAAGCAGGACAACCCAUAGUCUAGCCAGGAAGGCUGAUUUCUGCCCCUUUUUUUUUGACUGAAUGUGUGGAGAAAUAGAAAAACCAAGUUGGCUCAUCCACCUUUCCAAGUCUUGGAAUGGUGCUGGAAAACUGUCUCCAGCAAUGUAUGGGUAGAAAUCAGAGAAACGGGACUGUGGUUUCUCUCGAUUUUUGAGGCUCUUUGAAGUUUCAACAGAUUUCAUUAGGAUGUCUUACUCCUUUGCAAAAGCAAAGAUUGUUGUGGCAUCAGGGCUAGGAAUAGCAGGGUGAACUUAACCCAAUAAAUGCAAUUUUCUAAGUGACUCCAUGCUAUGGAGGUCAUUUUGAUCCAGAUAGCAUGAUCCAUGCUUAUUAUUUAUAGCUAAUUUUUUAAUCUUGUGUUGCAAUGGUAACCUUGUCCAUUUUAACUGGCACCUCAGGGAUUAAAAUCCUAUUUUUUAGUGUAUUUCCUCACCUCAUUCAUGAAAAUGAAUAGAAUUAUUGUAUUAUGGGAGAAGUGUCAGUGAAUUAUAAAAUGUCAAUAACCUCAAAGGAUGAAGGGUUUUAUUUUAAAUAGUUUAUAAAAUAUAUAUAUUAAUAUGUAUAUUUGAAAAUGCUGCAUAAAAAUAAAUGUUGUGGGUUUUUUUUUUCUCCCCCUUCCGAAGAGAAGACAGUUUUGUUAUAACUGCAGAUGUACAUGAUUUUAAACAUUUUGUGCAAAAACACAAAUAACUUUGAUUUUCCAAGAGACGAAUGGGAAUGGGAGAAGGUGAGGAAUAAAGCCAAAAUUAGGAUAGGGUAAAAAAAUAAAUGUUACAUAAAAUCAUCUUUGUUUUAUGUCUGUUUCUGUGAUUUUUUUGUUUACCUUAAAUAACAACCCUGUUAUAUAGGUGAGUAUGAUCUUUUGCCAAGCCCUUCAAGGAUCUGAAUGGAGAAAUAGCUCCAGUAUGACUAUGACCUUUUCAUUUUCUGUAUGUUGUAUGUUAGGGUUGCAGUAUGGUUGUAUGAUUGAGUUAUUGUUAGGCAGAUAAAGGAAUAGAAGAUUUACCUAAGGCUGGAAUAAGACUGUGGCCCAUUUAUGGAGGUAGGAAGUUGGUAGGGAAGGAAGAGAGGCAAGGCUGCGCCACAUUUAGAAAUGGUUACAGAGGAGGGCGUGACGUCAUGCAGACUAAUAAACAUGGAUAGUGAGAUCUGUCUGUUGGCUCCCUUCUCUUGUCAUGGAGUGAAUUCCUGUUUGGCCUAUCUGGUUGCUAGAACCUUCCUACUGUGAUCCCUCCUAUCCAAUGACUUCAUAGCCAUGCCUAUGUGGAUGCUCAGGAGACUUCUUCUGGCUGGGCCUCUGUUCUUUAGCAACCCACUCACUGUUACAGGGGUUGGAGGGCUGUCUUUAGAACUGAGCAGUCAUGAAUCUGUUUGCCAAAGGGGCGAUACAGUUUGUUCAAAACCAUCUGUGAUUGACCUCAUUUUGGGUGGCCUCAGUGGCGACUAACAAGUACCAAAAAUCUUGCUA